GGAACCUUUUCUAUAACAACUCGCCCUCGUUUAUUUCUAUUUUUUAUUUACUAAUUUUUAAUUUUAAGCUGAUAUAUAAUGAAUCAUUACGUCGCCGGAAUCUUGUUCCUCAUUGGGCUGUUGUUAAACGUUGCCGUCUCCGAAAGCCGUAAUUUUUUGAAACUUCCGUCGGAAGUUUCUAGAUUCUUCGAUGCCGAUGAGAGCGAUACAAGAUGGGCUAUCUUGCUUGCCGGAUCAAACGGUUAUUGGAAUUACCGUCACCAGGCUGAUAUAUGCCACGCAUAUCAACUGUUGAAGAAGGGUGGUCUUAAAGAUGAGAACAUUGUUGUGUUCAUGUACGAUGACAUUGCAAACGAUGAAGAGAACCCAAGGCCAGGAGUUAUCAUUAAUAACCCUCACGGUGAAGAUGUUUACAAAGGAGUCCCUAAGGAUUACACUGGAGAUGAUGUUACUGUUAACAACUUUCUUGCUGCUCUCCUUGGGAACAAAACUGCUCUUACCGGAGGCAGUGGAAAGGUGGUAGAUAGUGGUCCAAAUGAUCAUAUUUUCAUCUUUUAUAGUGAUCAUGGGGGUCCUGGAGUGCUUGGGAUGCCUACCGAUCCUUACCUCUAUGCAAAUGAUCUGAUUGAUGCUCUGAAGAAGAAGCAUGCUUCCGGAACAUAUAAAAGCUUGGUAUUUUACCUUGAAGCUUGUGAGUCUGGAAGUAUGUUUGAGGGUCUUCUUCCUGAAGGUUUAAACAUCUAUGCCACAACAGCAUCAAAUGCUGAUGAGAGCAGCUGGGGAACCUAUUGCCCAGGAGAGUACCCCAGUCCUCCUAUCGAAUAUGACACCUGCCUGGGUGACUUGUAUAGUAUUUCCUGGAUGGAGGACAGUGAAAAACACAACCUGCGGACUGAAAGUUUGAAGCAACAAUAUCACCUGGUCAAAGAGAGAACUGCUAGUGGGAAUCCUGCCUAUGGUUCGCAUGUCAUGCAAUAUGGUGAUGUACAUCUCAGCAAGAAUGCUCUAUUCUUAUAUAUGGGUACUGAUCCUGCAAAUGAUAAUUCUACUUUUAUGGAUGACAAUUCCUUGCGAGUAUCAAAGGCUGUCAACCAGCGUGAUGCAGAUCUUGUGCAUUUCUGGUACAAGUUCCACAAGGCUCCUGAAGGAUCUGUUAGGAAAACUGAGGCUCAGAAACAGUUAAAUGAAGCAAUAUCACAUAGAAUGCACUUAGACAACAGCAUAGCCCUUGUCGGUAAGCUUCUGUUUGGAAUUAAACAAGGUCCAGAGGUGCUGACUGGUGUCCGCCCUGCUGGUCAGCCUGUUGUUGACGAUUGGGACUGCCUUAAAUCCUAUGUGAGAACAUUUGAAACACAUUGUGGAUCGUUAUCUCAGUAUGGAAUGAAACAUAUGCGUUCUGUUGCUAACAUAUGCAACGCUGGAAUUAAGAUGGAGCAGAUGGUGGAGGCAUCAGCACAAGCUUGUCCCAGUGUUCCAUCCAAUACUUGGAGUUCCCUCCACAGGGGUUUUAGUGCAUGAUUGGCAUAUAAUGCAACACAAGAUGCACGCCUAGAUGCUAGCAAAAUUAUUCGUAAUUAUCAGUAUGAAGAUUGAUGUAGUGAUUGUAAAAUUGCUCGCUAGUGUAAUUGAUUCCUUCUAAAUACAGCAUAGAAGCAUAUCAGUAUUGAGUGGAAAUGUACUAGAUGCACAUUUCUUAUUGUAACUAUUGUUAUAGUUGGUCAUCAUUGUAAAUAAUUUACUAUGCAAAAGCUCUACCUGAACAAACUUUGUUUGGAAGGUAGAUUGUAAGCUUGUCUUUCUUCGAAUCAAGAAAAGGUAUUUAUAUGCA